ACCGCCCAGGCAAGCUCAGCUCCAUCCCAUCCCAAUUCCCACACUACAGCACAUCACAAAACAGAGCUCAGCUCUGGGUCAAAUUUCAAAAAAAACAAAACAGAGCUCAGCUAGCUCACCGAAUUAACACCCCGUUCCCAUGGCCACCAGCGUAAUCACCAGCCUCGUGCCUUUGUCCAGGCCGCGCCGCACCGUGCAGAUGUACUGGGCGCGGAGGAACAACCACUACCGGCGCCUCGGCAGCGGCGGCUCGCCCUCGCGGCACCUCAAGGUAGCCCGCCUCGGCGGCGGCGCCGGCCCCGGCGCGCCCCGCAGGACGCGGGCGCCCGGCGCUGCCGUGCGGCGACUAAGGUGGGUGGCCACCAUGCUGCUGUCCCCGGCGCGCGUGCUGGCGCGGCUGCGGGACGCGUACGUGGACGCCAUGCUGGCGCUGGCCGCGGCGAGGACGUGCGCGGCCAUGGCCAGGCCCCGGGUCGGCGCCGCUGCCGGCGCGGAGUACCAGACGGCGUCCGCGCUCUGGGCGAAGCGGGUGCCCCGGGCGCGCACGGAGCGGCAUGGGUCGGCGUCGUCGGCUAGCGAGUUCGAGCGCCGGAUGAUGGCGCACAUCUACAACGCGCUCGUCACGCCCGAGGUCGCCAUGGCCUGAAAUCGAACCGGUCUGUCGUCUCGGCCUCAACCUCAGUACUCCCGGAGUGUAAUUUAGCUGCACGUUCUGGCUAUCGAUCAAGUUUGGUCAAGAGAGUCAAGCCCACCACCGGCAUGUGCUCGUGCGUGUUCCGUCCAUGGUUAGUGCCUUAGUGGUGAAUGUGUAAAUUAGUGUCUUGGGAUUCGAGAUGUCAGUGUAUGUAGGCGUCUGGAUUAAAUUCACGGGGAAGAAGUGCACGAAAAAAAGGGUUGAGGUGCACGUUGUGUAAAGUGUAGAAGUACUACGUACGGCACACAUGUUUCGACUUUGAAAUAGAACUAUGUACGCCUCUUAUUUAUUUGUUUUCAA